AAGGCUCGUGGGAGCUCUGCCUUAUCUGUCUCCUCCAUCGGGAGAGAAAGAAGGUACUGUAACAAUGGCAAGAAUGCCGUCACUGCCAGGCCUCCACCUAUUUUCAUCUCUCCCUUCAGCUCCGCCGCCGCAUGAUCCAUCCUCCACUUCUACUCCUUCAACACCCAUUCCAAUUCCCAGAUACCCUCCACCCAAAUCCCGCAUUCUUCGAACCAACCCUCCAAAACCACCUAAUCCUGCUCUCAAAACCUUCCACCGCCGUUCCAAAUACUACAAGCCUGUGAAGGACGGAGUAAUUUCAUCCCACGGCGAUCGCGCCGUCGUCAUCGGCGAUUCGGGUGUCUCGUAUCUACUUCCCGACGCUCCAUUUGAGUUUCAAUAUAGCUACUCUGAGAUUCCUAAGGUCAAGCCCAUUGCAAUUCGUGAACCGGCGUUUCUUCCCUUUGCACCUCCGACGAUGCCGAGGCCCUGGACAGGCAAAGCUCCGUUGAAGAGCUCGAAGAAGAAAAUCCCUCUCUUUGAUUCCUUCAAUCCACCCCCUCCUGGUACGAAGGGAGUUAAGCAAGUCGAAAUGCCUGGCCCGUUCCCGCUUGGCAAGUAUCCGAAAGAGGGGAAAAGCAGAGAGGAGAUACUUGGGGAGCCCCUCAAGAAUUGGGAGAUACGCAUGCUGGUGAAACCCCAUUUGUCACAUAAUCGCCAGGUUAAUCUUGGAAGGGAUGGACUUACCCACAACAUGUUGGAAUUGAUACAUUCUCAUUGGAAGCGGCAGCGUGUCUGUAAAGUUCGCUGCAAAGGUGUUCCCACAGUUGAUAUGGACAAUAUCUGCCAUCAUAUCGAGGAAAAAACAGGUGGAAAAAUAAUUCACCGAGUCGGUGGCGUAUUAUAUCUUUUCCGAGGUAGAAACUACAAUUAUCGUAGUCGCCCUCAAUACCCUGUAAUGCUGUGGAAACCUGCGGCCCCUGUGUAUCCAAAACUUAUUCAAGAAGCUCCAGAAGGUUUAACGAUAGAGGAAGCUAAUGAGCUAAGGAUGAAAGGGAAAAAUCUUUUGCCAAUAUGUAAAUUAGCAAAAAAUGGUGUGUACAUUUCCUUGGUAAAUGACGUAAGGCACGCUUUUGAAGGAAGCAUUUUGGUGAAGGUUGAUUGCACUGGGAUGCAUGAAAGUGAUUAUAAAAAGUUGGGUGCUAAACUCAAGGAAUUGGUUCCUUGUGUGUUAUUAUCAUUUGACAACGAACAGAUAUUGAUGUGGAGGGGAAAGGAUUGGAAGUCAGAUAUUUCAGAAGAUGUUUCUGCUACACUUCCUUGUCAAGUUCGCACAAAUGAUGGUGAGUCUAUUGAGAAUGGUGACCUCUUACAUGGCAAUUAUCAUACGAUCAAAACUAGCCCAAAAAUGAAGCUGCUAUGGGAGAAGGCUAUUGAUUCGAACAAGGCCUUGCUGCUAAAUGAGAUGGGUCUUGCUCCGGAUGACCUUUUAGAGAAAGUUGAGGAGUUUGAGAGAAUUUCACAAGCAACCGAGCAUUCAUAUCCAGCAUUAAUCAUGUCAAGUGAAGAUGACAGCAGCCCAGAUGACACCCUUGAAAGUCAGGAUCACGACAAAUCUAACUACAGCUCCGACGAUGACGAAGAUGGGGAAGGAGACCUUUUUGAUAAUGUUAACCCGUCUGUACCUAUGGGAUCAUUACCUGUUGAUAUCAUAGCAAAGAAGCUCAGGCCUGAAUAGAUCAAUGUUGGUUUGGUUAGUAAAUUUCAUAUUCGUGUAUGACAAGGGAAAAGCUGCAUAUUUUCAGUGUAUCUAUUUGUAAAGAAAGUAAUUGUACUUUUAAACUCAUUGACCAAAACAAGUUGAAAAGGAAUAAAGAAUUGGUUCCUACU